UUUAAGAAGUAGUUUGGCAGUGAGCUGACACGGAAUCACUGCUGGAGUUACUAGCCCACGUAGAGUGGUGAUUCCGGAAAGAGAGGAAGCACCCUCACCAGUGAAGGAGCCUCUGGUUUCACACCCCUCCGGGACAUGCCCCGUGUGUCUGACGGAGGUGGCUGCGAGGCGUCUCCUGGCGAAGGAACCUGCUCUCACCUCCAUGUCUUUGGACUUCUUUCUACAGCCUCUGGAUGGCGGUCCCCCAGUGCCCGUGGGACCCGGGCAGACGGUGAUAGGCCGCGGGCCUCUGCUGGGAAUAACAGACAAAAGAGUUUCCAGAAGACAUGCCAUUCUAGAGGUGGUGGAUAAUCAGCUUCGAAUCAAACCAAUCCAUACGAAUCCGUGUUUCCGUCAUUCCUCUGAGGAGAGCCAGCUCUUGCCAAUGAAGACACACGUGUGGUGCUGGCUGAAUCCUGGGGAUAGCUUCUCAUUGUUACUCAACAAGUACUCUUUCCGUGUUUUCUCUACACAAGCUGAAGAGGAACUGGAGUGCACUUUAAGGAACAGUCAAACUCUUGAUGAAGAGGAUGUGUUGAGUGACGUGCAGGAGCCCCCUGUGAUUAAUCCACCCCAUAAGACAGCUGGUGCUUCAAAGCCGCAAGGAAGCCCGGGACUACCCAAGACCAAGUGUGCUGCCCUAGAGCCUACGUCCUCAGAUGCUCCGAGUGGUGUCAGUGAGCACCAGCCACACCCUGCCCAGAGGAAAAGAAUCCUCCCAGCUUGGAUGUUAGCAGAAGAUUUAAGUGAUCAAAGCCUUGCAGCUCCUGUCAAGGGUGGAGAUAAGGAUGCUGCCGCCCAGAGGAGUGGAAAAGGAGCCUGCAAAGAUAAAGCCCCAGUAAACAUAACGUGCCAUGGGAGAAAGCGAUUAAUUCCGCCAGGAAAUUCAGAAAGUGUGUCAGCAGAACAGGAUCCCGGGAAAAAAUGUAAAAGUUCUGAUCAAGAAGGACCAGUUGUUUCAUCUGAGGAAGUCCCAGAAUCAUUGUCUUCAGUCACAUUAAGUGACACAGAUAUGGAUACUGUGAAGACAAACGAACCGAACAGCGCGAUUUUAGUAGAGGAGCUUGAUGAGGUCUCCAGACACAAAGCCAUCAGCAAAGCAGCAGCCAAUGACGAGGGUGAGACAGUGAGCCAUCCUGAGAGUCACACAAGCGUCCAGACGUCGCCAGGACUGCAUCCUGAGUCCACCUCUGCUCCCGGCAGUCCUGGUGCUUCGCACACCAUGGCUGCUGACUCUAUAGGCUGCUCAGAAGAAAGCAAAGUCCGGAGGACGUCCUGCAUGUAUGGGGCUAACUGCUACAGGAAGAACCCUCUCCAUUUUCAACACUUCAGCCACCCUGGUGAUAGUGACUAUGGAGACGUCCAAGACACAGAUGGAGGUGUAGCUGGUGACAGGCCUGAGUGUCCCUAUGGGGCGUCUUGUUACAGGAAGAACCCCCAGCACAAGAUGGAAUACAGACACAGUGCACUUCCGGUCAGAGUUGCUCCGGAUGAAGAUAGUGAUGACGUUGGGCACCCCAGUGAGAACGACCUGAAUGACAGCUUCCCAGAGGAUGAGGAUGAGGAAGAGUAUGAACCGACAGAUGAGGAUUCUGACUGGCAGCCAGGAAAGGACGAGGAAGAGAAGGAAGACAUGGAAGAGCUUUUGAAAGAAGCAAAAAGGUUUAUGAAGAGGAAAAAAUAGCUUUUCUGCAAUAAUGUAAAACUCCUGCUUGCGUUUUCUUUACGGGAAACGUCCAGAAACUGAGUGGCACUCCUGUAUUUGUUCUCUCCUUUUCCUAGUUCUUUGCACGUGCGACAUUGAAGCACCAACCUUCAGUGAAAUAGGCGGACCCUGUGUUAUUGCCUAUUAUGGUGCUAUUUAAUUCUUCUGUCAGAGGAAGCAGGCAAAGAGCUUAGGUAGGGCCCGAAAUUGUUCAUGUACUUUCAUACUGCUAAGAAAAGCCAUAGGUCGUACAGACCUUUGCUCCUUGUGGUGCACUGUGCAAGCUUAGGUGAUUACAGGAUGCUGGGAGAAAGUCACCUACACCGCUGUCUGAAGAGCCCUCCCGAAGUUAGACUUGAACAAAAUGACAGCCAGAGCAGUGUCUGUUAUUUUUCUAAUGCAUUAGAUGUGGCUUUGUGAUUCCAUUUACUGCCUUUGUCCUUCGAAUCCUGGGGAAAUUAUUAAGAAACAGAUGCUGCAAAAGGUCCUGUUGGUCUAUAGAGAAGGGACGCUCUCCUUGCAAGGUAAUUGUUUUGCACAUCCCACAACUAUGGUUGUCUUCACGUCAUGCAUUUCCUUGACUACCUCACGUGCACUGUGUAGCUUUACACUUAGCAUGCAGAGAAGCUUCCAGCCAUAGUUUUCUCAGAGGGUCUCCUCAGUGAGAGGCGGGUAAAAUUCUCUCCCCUGGCUAGGGUUCUGGCCUCUGAAGAAGCCCCUGCUCCGAGUUAAAGAGGUUCAUCUCCUCACUCCUGUUCUUGAACCAGGCUCUCAGUAACUCUCUGUUUAAGGCAGCUUAGAGUUUCUAGGAGCUCAGUGUUCACUGUGUGCAGUCUGAGCACUGAGCUGGGUGCAUCCGAUCACGAAGCAGCAAGCUGGCAGCGCCUUGGCAUUCAGUAAGAGGAAAGAAGGGAUGCAAGGGUAUCACACCUGAUUUAUCUUAGAACAAAAGGUGUUGACUAUGUUUUCUUAUUCUCUCCAUGUAAUUGUACAGUGUGAAAUUUUACUUAAACUGA